CUGGCCGGCGAGAGGAGGACGGGAGCGCGUAAAGGCGCACGGAGAAGCGGCGCCGGCGGCCUACGCGAUCUAGAAAAGGAGAGGCCGGGGUUUGCUUUGGGCGAAGGUGGCGAAAAUGGCCGAAAAUGGAGACAGCGAAAACAUGUCUGACUUGGAAAGGAAGGUCUGCCAACAGAUUGAGUACUAUUUUGGCGACCACAACUUGCCACGGGACAAGUUCCUCCAGGAGAAGAUCAAGCUGGACGAUGGCUGGGUGACUUUGGAAACGUUAAUCAAAUUCAACAGGUUAAAUCGCCUCACAAAAGACUUCGAUGUAAUAGUGGGGGCGUUGAAAAAAUCAACGACUGAGCUGAUGGAAAUUAGCGAAGACAAAGCUAAAGUCCGAAGAUCUCCAAACAAACCUUUGCCGGAAGUGACGGAGCAAUAUAAGAACGCGGUUAAAAGCAGAUCUGUGUAUAUUAAAGGUUUUCCACAGGAUGCAACCCUUGAUGAUAUCAAGGAAUGGCUAGACUGUAAAGGCAAAGUUGAAAACAUUCAGAUGCGGAAAACCAUUCAGAAAACGUUCAAGGGAUCAGUAUUUGCAGUAUUUGAUAGCGUCGAAUCUGCCAAACAGUUCGUUGAAACUCCAAACCAAAAAUACAAGGACACGGAGCUUAUUGUACUUUUCAGGGAUGAUUACUUUGCGAAGAAGAACGAGGAGAAAAAACGGAACAGAUUGGAAGCGAAAGCAAAGGCCAAGCAGGAGAAAGAGGAGAAACAGAAGCAAGCGGAAGAUGCGGAAAUGAAAUCUCUGGAGGAGAAGCAAGGCUGCUUGCUGAAGUUCUUUGGAGACCUGGAAGAUCAGACUUGCCGAGAAGACCUCCAUGCCCUUUUCUCUGGCCAUGGCGAAAUUAAAUGGAUAGACUUUGUGAGAGGUGCCAAAGAGGGAAUCAUCCUGUUCAAGAGCAGCGCCAAAGAAGCGCUGGAUAAAGCCCAGGCGGCAAAUGACGGGAGCCUGCAGCUGCGAGGCAGAGAGGUGACGUGGGACGUGUUGGAAGGAGACGUGGCGAGAGAAGCGCUCAAGAAAAUCAUGGAGGGGCAGCAAGAACUGUUGAACAAAAAGAAAGGAAAAGGCCGCAAAGGUAAAGGAAAAGGUGGCAAGGGACCUCAAGGUGCGCAGGACAGGAAAGUGAAAUUCCAAGGCAAGAAAACGAAGUUUGAGAGUGAAGAUGAAGAAGAGGGGGAAGACGAAAGUGCGACAGGGGCGGCGAGUCCAAAGAAAAGACCACUGGAAGAGGCUGAGAAGGAAGAGCCUGCCCGCAAACAGCUGAAGACAGAAAAUGGAGGUGGAGAUACAGAAUAGUACUCCAAAAAAGCAUUGAGCGUUUUGCUUUAAAGAAACAAAUGAUUUCUUUUCAAUCAUUCCUCCGUUCAUCCUGUUUUCUGCAAGAGAAUCUAAUAAAAUCGACUUCGAUGUCCACCUGCAAAAAGGGAUAGAAGAAAAAGUUACAUUUCAGGUUAUUUCUUUGGGGUUUUUUUUUCGUUUUAAAAAACAUACCUUUUUAUAAUAGCUAUUUGAGUGAAAUUGAACUGUGUUCCCUUUCCUCUAUUCUCCCCUUACAACCCCCCUGCACGCCCCCCCCCAAUAUGCUCUGGGGGAUUGGGAGCAGGGACUGUGGCCUGGAUAAAAGCAUAAAUUGUUUGUUAUACAAUGCACCAGGAGUUGCCAACUCUUUUUGUAGGCCACACACACUAAUUACAGCAACCUUUUCUAUGAGCUACAACUGAAUCCUCUUUUCAAGCCUAAUUUCAGCAGUGGGGAAAGGCAGGGCAGCCGUGGGUACCAGGGAAGGCUUCUGCAGGAAAGUCUCUGCCCCUGGGCACCCCCCCCCCCCGUAACCCCUGGGCCAAAGGGGGAAAGGCUCAAGAAAACUGAGCCACCUUCAUUCAAAACUAUGUACAAAAGUUGUAUUUAGUAGAUACCAAAUAAACUUAACGUGCUUCAGUGUUGGAAUUCAAUGAAUUAUAUUGCAUUAGGUUUCAGAAGUGGAACAACAGGUGUACCACCGCCUUGAGUUUGAUGGGAAAGGUGGGCUUAAAUAAAGCAAAAUAUGUACAGUUA